CCUCCCUGCUCCUCGCCGUGAGUGGUCAGCUUCAGUCCUGCCUAAGCGCGGGGCUCAGCUGCAGCAACAGCACCCGCAGCAGCCAGCAGAGUCACCAUGGCGGCGAUUAACUGUUCUUCGCCCAUCUGGCAUGCCCUCAAUAUAAACCAGUAGCCCUCAUUGUCUGCCUCGCAUCUUGUUCUAUUGUUUCGUCUCUCCCCACCCUCCUUUUUCGCUUGUUCUGUCCGCUGUCUCGUAAUCUCAUACGAGCUUGUCGCACAAGAUGCCUCCUCUCCCAAGCGAAGUGUGCUUGCUCACGGUCUUUGUUGACGUCCACUACUACUUCUCGGCUCCUACACCGCGGCCCUUGCACCACCGCUUCGACAAAGGUUCCUACCUGUACAUUUAUCAUGAUGCCGUCCAGAACAAGGCGAGAAUCGAGAUCGCGAAUCACCCAGGAUUGCCCGAGCAGGAUGCUUUCUGUGGAUCUCUGGGAACUGUUCAUCUGCGCAAUUCGGAUAAAUUCCCUACUCUCUGCACCUUGACUGUACAUGCUCAUCGACAGAAUACAUCCGGGCCACCAACACCUACGAGCAUUGGCCAAAACGAGUGGCUCCUGCUCAACGUUGACCCUCGCGAUGGAGGCAGGUCAUUUCUUCGACUCCAUACCCUAGAUCUCUAUUUCUGGACGUCGAAUGAUGCCGCUCUAUUUUUUGAAAAUGCUCGUAAAUUAUUGGCUCCUACGCAGCUCGAUGUUAUGCCAGCCCCUCAACAACCCCAGGCGCACGAGGUUGCAAUCAGCUCCGUAGUCCAGAAGCUAGAAAAUGUAGCGAUAACCGACCCAGCUUACCACAAUGGUCUGACGAGAAACUCUCAGACUGAGCCUGCCCCAAUACAACAGCCUCAGCCACAGCUGGCUCCUCAACAAUUUGCGCCUCCACCUACUCAGCCAACGCCAUCAGAACCAGUUAGUCCCUUAGAAGCCCCGCCCGCCUCCAAGCAAGAGGAAGCACAGAUCAACUAUACUCCUCUUGCGUACAAUCCUUCUGCGCCAGCCGCGCCAGAGCCCAUUAAGCCGCGCGAGAAAACGCCUCCACCGUCUGAUGGAGCAGCUGGAACUGGGCUUGCCGCUGCCGCCGUAUCAGAUCAUGGUCAGGCAUUCGCUCCUCCUCCAAUGUCUCCUGGAUUUCCCCCUCCCCCACCCACCCAGGCCCCGGGAUAUGGUGGACAAUAUGCAUCGCCGCCUCCAACAGCCGGUUUAGCCCACACGUCCUCUAUCUCCUCCCGUUCUUCAGGACACAACCACAACCAUCCUGGCAGCAUGUCGUUUGCUCCUCCUCCUACCGCUGCACAGGUACCACCAGCAGCUCCAGGCGCAGUGCCAUAUACGCCACCGCCGCAGGACCCAAAUGCGCACUUAUUCAGACAGCAGAGUUUUGGUCCGCCACCUGUAUCACCUCACAACCCAACACAUCAACAUUACCAGGGUGGCUAUGUCCCGCAGUCUGCCCAGCCACCAAUUGGUGGAUACGCGAACUAUUCUUACGGCCAGCCACAGCAACCGCCACCUGGAGGGAAUUCCUAUGACAUUCAUCACCAGGUCUAUCGGCCAACGGAAGCUGAAGGCAAUGCAAAAUAUGUCAAACAGAAUCAGCGACAGUCGACAUCGGGGAUUGGGAAAGGUGUUGGCAAGUUUCUGAAGAAACUUGACAAACUCUAGAGCGCCCUCCACUUCUCUAAAUAGAAAGGACCUGGGAGGACGUAGCAGUUUGCUCUGGAUUACCUUCCGCUUCCCAAUUUAACCCCGCAAACGUUCCACAGCGUGCUAACUUAGCUGCUUACUAUGAAUUGAAUCUUUCCUCUUUUGGCGCUCAACUCUGAUAUACACUACCCCUAUAUCGCCACUGCUGAUGAACCACCUUUUGCCUGACGGAUAAUUGGUAAUUUGUAUGAAGCGUUUUGUUAUUAUUUACUUAUAUUUUGGUAUAUUUGUUCCCAUAUGUUUGUUUUCGGCAUGAGCUCACGAAUUAGAAUGAGAAUAUAUGCGUUAAACCCGCAUGACUUCAGUGUUUUUCGUUGCUUUGCUUCCACUUUUGCCCUUUUUGGAUAUCUGUUUUUCAAUAUUUAGUAUUUUUUCCAAUUGAAUAUCAACAACAUUUUUCACUCGCUGCUCACCGAGCGUCCCAGGAGAACCAAAAAAAAUAAAAAAAAUAAUAUAUAUAUAUAUAUAUAUAUAUAUUCAGUUUGGUCAAACCUAGGAUAAUCUGAAUUGAUUGAUUGAAUAAGGCCCUGCCUUCAUUAAGGCAUGGAUGGGCCGUUCAGUCAAAGACGAAUCUUCUCGGGAAUCCCGCUCGAACUAGAAGAUGUGUGUGUCACAGUUUCAAGACUCAUUGACCUACCAAAUUACGUCAAAAAGGGCGUCACUUUGAUGCUGGAUAGAUAAAAUACCCACGGGACGCUCUCCCAAUCCAUAUACUUCACUGCUAGCCAGGGUGAUGCAGCUCCCCUCUCGGAUAUUAGUACUAUAUCAUUCUGCGUAGGGACAUCCUAAGGCAUCCAGCAAUAACAGGCUUCCCGACCUA